AUGAAUAAGUUUUUUCAGUUUCACAAUGACUACGGUCAUGAAACCAAUGAGUGUAAUCACCUAAAAGAGGAAAUAGAAUUCCUCAUUCGACAGAAUAAUGCUCAUCUAAAGAGAUUUGGUUUACCCCAGAAAAUAGUGUUUGACAAUGGCAUUCAGUUCUAUAGCCAUUUAUUUACUGAUUUCUGUGCCAGACACGACAUCAAGAAAAGCUUCUCAGCAGUCUCGCACCCUCAAUCAAAUGGGCAAGUAGAAGCAGUUAACAAAAUUCUCAAAGACACUUUAAAGAAACGUCUAGAAAAGGCUAAGCGAAACUGGCCAGAGAAAAUACCUGAAGUACCCUGGUCAUACAAGACUACUAAGCGAACAACUACUAGGGAUACCCCCUUUGCACUCACGUAUGGGUAUGAAGCAAUGUUGCCAGUUGAGGUGACUCCACCUUAUCACCGGCGUACGACAUACGACCAAGAUUGUAACCACCAACUGCUGGUCGAGUCCUUAGACCAGACUGAAGAAAGACGCGAAAAGUCCAACAUACGUCUGGCUGCCCACCAGGAAAAGGUGGCCCGGUACUUCAAUUCCAGAGUUAAGGAACAGAAGUUUGACAUGGGUGAUUUAGUCUUGCGAAGAGUAUUCCCAGAAACUCGAGAUGCUUCGGCGGGAGUACUAGGCCCCAGCUUGGAAGGCCCUUACAAGUUUAUGGAGAUAGUACUGCCUGGCAUGUACUAG